AUGGCCAGUGGGGGCGGGCGAGGCGGCGGCACGAUGCUGCUCAAGAGCGUGUCGCUGUUUCUGGCUCGCGGGCGCCGGGCGUCGCAGUCGGCGGCGGCGGCGGCGGCGGCGUCGGCUGCGGCGGCGGCGGCGGGGCUGUCGGGUGGGGGCGGCGCCGCGGGCCGCAGGGCCGCCAUGGGGGACGACGCCGCCGCCGCCGCCGCCGCCUCCUCGGCCAAGGGCGCGCACCUGCUCGUCGAACACUUGCGCCGCCGCACGCACUUCUCCAGGCAGGAGAUCGAGGCGCUGUGCCGGGUGUACCGCAGCCUGGUGGCCAGCACGAGUGCUGCGGGUGGCUCCCCCGCCGCCGCGCAGGCGUCGGCCGUCGCGGUCGCAGCGCCGCCCCUUGCCGGCGUCGCCGCGGUCGAGGGACUGGACCGCGUGGUGUUCCGCGAGCUGCUGCACAACACGUUCGACCUGGUGACGGAGGAGGUGCUGAUGGACCGCGUCUUCUGCGCCUUCGACCGCUGCAACGACGGCGUGGUGCGGCUCGAGGAGUGGGUGCAGGGGCUGUCCGUCUUCCUGCGGGGCACGCGCGAGCAGCGGACCGCCUUCUGCUUCCUCGUCUACGACCUCAACAGCGACGGCUACAUCACCCGCGACGAGAUGUUCCACCUGCUCAGGAACUGCCUGGUGAAGCACCCGAACGACGAAGAUCCGGACGAGGGCGUGAAGGACCUGGUGGAGUUGGCGCUGCGCAAGCUGGACGCGGACCGCGACGGCAAGGUGUCCUUCCAGGACUUCCAGAAGGCGGUCCAGACGGAGCCGCUGCUGCUGGAGGCAUUCGGCCAGUGUCUGCCAGCCGAGAGCGCCUGCCACACCUUCUUGGCCACCCUACGGGAGCCCCAGCCUUGACUCGGAGUACCAUCAAGUUACACACUUCAAUGGGUCCCAGUCACCCUCCCAUUCUGAAAAUAUGGACUGCCACUAAAAUGGUCUCUCCUGGCACUCUUUCUCAAUGCUUAUACUCAUCGUCAUCAGCAGCUGAUAUGAACAAUGUGUUGCACGUAUUUCAGAAUACAGGAAAGUGAAACAGCUUAGAAAAAAGUACAUAUGACAAAUGGUACUUUGCUUCGUACAGAUGUAAACAGUAUCUUAUUUUUUGAGAUUUUGCUUAAGUCUAAAGGGUUUUAACUCAAUGCCAAUGUUUAUUGAAUCACUCUGUACGGUCCACGGACGACAAAUUACAAAGCAUUGUAAAUAGCCUAAAAGAUCAUUAAAUGUCAGUCAUCGUCUCCUUUUGUAUACACAGUGAUCUUACUGAAUGUAUGUAGCGAUUAUUCAUAACCACGAUACAAACAGAAUAUAGUGUCUGUUGAGUACUUUUUACCAAACUGCAUUGGAACCCUUAUCUAUUUCAACUGUUCUAUGAUUAAUAUUUUUGUAUUUGUAACAAUACACACAGGUACAAAGGAUGUCCCCAUAACAUAUAAUCAAAUGUAGUUAUGUUGAGAAAGUGUGCCCUAGCCUUCUGCAAAUAUGCUUUGUAAAUAGCGGACGUUUUGUUUUAAUAUCCAAUCGUAUAGCAAACAUACAAUGGGACUUCGUGUUACUUGUAAGAGUUGUACAAUGAUCUUCAGAAUACAGAUUAACUGCAUAGAGAUUAUAUAAAACUUCAAAUGUAUAUCUAGCUAUAUGUCUUGUUAAAUAAACGUGCAGUAGUUAGAGGAAAAUAUGUAGAUAUUUGCCAGUAUAACAGCAAUAACUAGUAUAGCACAUAUAGAUACAUACUGGCGCACUGCAAUAAAGUAUGCAAUAGGGAAAUGUAUUUUUGUUACAUGUAGUACAAAGUAUGUAUACAUCACAGAAGUAGUCCGGCACAGCCUGGAGCCAAAUGAUCACUUACGUAGGAUUAGAAACACGGUUUCCCUUUGUCAUGUGUUCUUUGUAGUUUUACAGGUGGGGCAGAACGCGAUAAAUCAUCAGAGCUAGGUUCAAAUGUUCCAUGUGAGCUACAUGAAGCAGAAAAACCACUAUAUUACUUACACAUAUGUUUCACUCAUGAGUCAUUUUCGUAGACUCUAAUCUGUAAGUUACUGAAUGUGUUAAUGAUACUUAAUAAAUCAUCAAAUAAUGGCAAAGGGAAGCUGUACGUUGUAGAUUUAGAUGCAGGAAAAGCACCAUUUAUUUUGCUCACUUUUUCUGAAUAGUACAAAACGAUUCCGCCCACAGAGUGCAGUGAUCUGUACAAGCUGUGUUAUCUGAUUCCGUCCAUGAAUUGUACAUAGAAAUAAGAGUAUUUAGUAGAGUAUAUAAAUAACUACUUUUAAGAGAUGUAUUUUUUAAUAUGUAUAUUUGCUCAAACUAGUUAUAUACUUUAUAUGGUGAGAGAGCAAACAUUACUAAUGUCUUAUACUGCAGAUAUUAAAAUAAUCUUACAGCUUCUUUAUAACAAUGGCGCCGAUAUAGAAUAGAUUUGCAUCACUUGGAAAUUUAUACAGAGCACAAACAAUAAUGACUAAUAUUUGUGCCUUACUUAACGUAGCUGUAGCUUUCAGCCUGUGUGACUAUGCAUCCACACGAUGCAAGGCUUGGCUUGUAUGACUUAAUUAAAUAUAGGCAUGGUCUUUUGUAUAUACCGUUUAUUUGUAUAUAUGUAGAACUUGGGUCCUUGAUAAUAUUUUCUGUUGUGUGUGUGUGUGUGUGUGUGUAAAUAUCAUAAU